AUGUCCGGGUCAUUAAAGUCUCUAGACAAGAAAAUAGCUAAAAGAAAGCAGGUUUAUAAACCUGUGCUUGACAAUCCGUUUACAAACGAAGCACAUAUGUGGCCGCGCGUGCACGAUCAGCCAUUGAUCUGGCAGCUGCUGCAGUCCUCUAUUUUGAAUAAGUUGGCACACAUUCAAUCAAAGGAAGACUACCCCUGGGAGUUGUAUACAGAUUUCAAUGAAAUUGUGCAGUAUCUCAGCGGCGAUUACGGGAACAGCGACCCGGUGUGUCUUUUUGUGUGCAAUAAAGACCCCGAUGUACCCCUUGUGCUCUUGCAGCAAAUCCCUCUACUAUGCUAUAUGGCACCCAUGGCCGUUAAGCUGGUGCAGCUGCCCAAAAGUGCCAUGGAUACCCUCAAGUCAAUCUCUAAAUAUGGGAUGUUGUUGCUGCGGUGCGACGACAGGAUAGACAGGAAAUUUGUGUCGCAAAUUCAGAAGAACGUCGAUCCGCUCCAGUUCCCCUGGCUAAAUGCUGUGAAAUAUCGACCCACAUCUGUCAAGCUGUUGAAAACUACAGUACCCAUUGUCUCGAAGAAGAGGCAGAAGUAG